GAAGCGCUCGAGCAGGAGACCCGGGGUGACCGGGUUGGUAGCUGCUGGCUCGAGGGAGCCCCUGCGCCCUCCGCCAUGGCCUGGACCAAGUACCAGCUGUUCCUGGCCGGGCUCAUGCUCGUCACCGGCUCCAUCAACACGCUCUCGGCAAAGUGGGCGGACAACUUCACGGCUGAGGGCUGCGGAGGGAGCAAGGAACACAGCUUCCAGCAUCCUUUCCUCCAGGCAGUGGGCAUGUUCCUGGGAGAGUUCUCCUGCCUGGCUGCCUUCUACCUCCUCCAGUGCAGAGCCGCAGGCCAGUCAGACUCCAGCGUGGACCCCCAACAGCCCUUCAACCCCCUUCUUUUCCUGCCCCCAGCCCUCUGUGACAUGACAGGGACCAGCCUCAUGUAUGUGGCUCUGAACAUGACCAGUGCCUCCAGCUUCCAGAUGCUGCGGGGCGCAGUGAUCAUAUUCACUGGCCUGUUCUCAGUGGCCUUCCUGGGCCGGAGGCUGGUCCUGAGCCAGUGGCUGGGCAUCCUGGCCACCAUCGCGGGGCUGGUGGUUGUGGGGCUGGCCGACCUCCUGAGCAAGCAUGACGAUCAGCACAAGCUCAGCGAAGUGAUCACAGGGGACCUGUUGAUCAUCAUGGCCCAGAUCAUCGUCGCCAUCCAGAUGGUGCUAGAGGAGAAGUUCGUCUACAAACACAACGUGCACCCACUUCGGGCCGUCGGCACUGAGGGCCUCUUCGGCUUCGUGAUCCUGUCCCUGCUGCUGGUACCCAUGUACUACAUCCCCGCCGGCUCCUUCAGCGGAAACCCUCGAGGGACACUAGAGGACGCCCUGGAUGCCUUCUGCCAGGUAGGCCGGCAGCCGCUCAUCGCCCUGGCGCUGCUGGGCAACAUCAGCAGCAUCGCCUUCUUCAACUUUGCCGGCAUCAGCGUCACCAAGGAGCUGAGCGCAACCACCCGCAUGGUGCUGGACAGCUUGCGCACUGUCGUCAUCUGGGCAGUGAGCCUGGCGCUGGGCUGGGAGGCCUUCCACGCGCUGCAGAUCCUCGGCUUCCUCAUCCUCCUGAUGGGCACCGCCCUCUACAACGGGCUGCACCGCCCGCUGCUGGCCCGCCUGCCCCGGAGCCGGCCCCUGGCGGAGGAGGGCGAGCAGGAGAGACUGCUGGGUGGCACCCGGACCCCCAUCAACGAUACCAGCUGAGCCUCCCUUGAGGCCUCUGCGGCCACCCGGGUGCUCCUUCACCCUGAGGCUGAGGCCACACAGGCUGGUGAGCCUCGAGUGCCCUGUCCCUACAGACCCCCAGGGCAGCUGCUGCCACAGAAGACACAACACCCAAGUCCUCCUUCCUUGCCACCCCCUGCAGGGUGGUCGUACCCAGCCCCCACAGGCCUCUGAGCCCCUCCUGCACCACUAGCGCUAAAUCAUGAAGUUGAAUUGCAGGAAUUUACAACCCUAGUGUUUCCGGAUCAUAAAUUAGAUUAUCAUAAUAGAUUAUCUAGUUUAUGUGCUAUAAGCUAAAUUUGGUUCUCGGAAGAAGUCAGUGAGCAAGUUUAAGCCAGAACUAAGCAUUGUACUUCCUAAAACUUAUAAGAUAAUCCCUAAACCUGUCUGGAGACCUGGGUUUCAGCCCAGACUCUGCUCAGUGUCUGCCCCCAGCAUGUUACCUAACUGGCCCAGUGCCGAGUAACGCCAGGACCCCGGGCAUUGUGUUAAGUGCUUAACUUAACACAUUCUGUCGCAUAACACCCUUCAGAGGUGGGUACAGGUGAAGAAACUGUGGCCCAAAGAAGGUGAAGAGACUUCUUCAUGGAGCCAGUAUCCCACCUAGAUUUACCUGAUUCUAGACCUCUGACCCACCUGCCAUAUGGGUCUCUGUGGGGUCUUCGGGGCAGGUUUCCUAUGGCUGGGCUGGAAGCUUCUUGUACUGUUGUCCUCCAGGUAACCCUGACACAGGAAAGUGACUCCUGACGCUGGGAGCCACUUGAGGUCCAGGUGGGUCCUUGGCUUCACGCAAUUAAAUUCAGGAGACAGUAUAAAGUGAAAGCGAGAUUUACUCAGAAACUCCAAAAAGUCUACUCCACAGAGUAAAGGCUGGCCCUCCCUGCAGAAGAGAACCUGCCCCUUGGUUCCCUGUUGCCUUUCUAUGUAAGCAACAGGUUAAACAAUGAGAGGAAUAUUCACAGAAGGGGCAGUGUUCCUCCACCAUCUUGGUUCUCACCAGUUGGAACUUGCCCUGCCUCCAUCCUGUUUUGAUCAGGGCAAUUUGAAACUUUGAGACGUCCUGACUCAGGUAAUGCCACAGCAAUGCCCAAACCUGCCAGUUCCCUGUCUCAACCCCACCCUGAAGAGAAGGGAGGACAGGACCCCAGGGAGCUGAGCAGCCCCUAGUUGCAGUGUUGGGCCCUGGGCGCUGGGUGCGUGGUCAGGCUUGACGCACAGCCUCAAGCCAUUUUCCUGGGCAGCUUAGUCAAACAAAGCACUAAUGCCUUCCUUAAAAUAGCCUCUGAGAGAAGGGAGCUUUUGGCAAGGGAAGCUCUCAGGUUGUGUGGGAUUCCAGCAGGUUAUUAAUGUGGCUUGUUGCGGGCAGGUCCAUUCCACCAGCUCUGAAUCCCAGGGGGCCAGAGCUUCUCUGGGCCACGGUGUCCGUUGAGGGAAGAAGGAAAUGCACAGUGAGGGUGGUGGAGACUACAGCUGCCUUGUCCAAAACCUGGGGCCUUAGAAUGUUGUCUCGGACUUUCAUUUUUAAUAAAAGAAAAGGAAAAUUGA